AUGGUCCAGCAGCCGCGUCGUUUUGCUUGCGAUCGCUGUCGUAUGCAGAAGCUUCGCUGUGAGAGGGACACCUGGAGGCCAUCUCUCAUGCCAUGCAAACGCUGCCGCAAGGCGCACAUGAACUGCACAAUUAGCUCGAUGGAUCGUUCUAGUAGUAAAAAGCCAAAGGAGAAGUUGUUGGCCGCCAGCAAGGUCGACAAAGCAAAGACCCCGCCAAAGCAGAUGUCUGGAAGGCCCUCCCCUUCGGAGUUGUCUCAGCAGUAUUCUGCGGAUAUUGCACUUGCAUUUCAAAACAAGGUGAUGGCUGCCGGAGUCGGUAUGACAACACCAUCACAGAUGAAUCUGGACGGUCUUCCCGAAGACUGUUUCACAGCAAAUGGAAGCUUUGAUGGGUAUACAGUGCCCGUUUUCUCGGGAUUGAUCACGCCUCCUUCCAUGGAGGGGGAACCUGUCCCGAUUUCCUUUAUGCCACACGAUCAGGAAUGGACAUCGCCCCUGAGCGACUCGCAGGGUCUCGACUAUGAAGAAAGGUUUCCUUGUUUAGAUAAUAGAGAACAGCAUUGGGACCAGGAAAAUCUGCGAAGAUUGUUGGAUAUGAAUAUGUACCUGUUGGACUGUCAACACUCGGUCUCGCAAAAGCUACUCAUGUUAGGCAAUAUGUCCCCCACCAUCGCGGUGCAUAACCUGCAGAUGGCGCUUCAAAGUGUGUUGGAAUACUCACGUCAGUUUAUUCAGACGGUGAAACUGUGUAGUCAGGGAGAGGCGGCCGACUUUCAGGUUGCAACAUCCAUUACCACAAAUGGAAUGAUAAUGCCCCUGCCCACUCCCAGCCAGUCUCGGCGUCCAUCUUGCCUUCAAAUUGGUGGCGAGACGGGAGUGGGUCAACCAGAAGCUGCCGUUGCUCAAGGCAGUCAGACAUAUAGUCAACAAGGACGAUUUGACGAUGUCCAAAUAUCGCUAAUCCUGGCUAUUAUUAACUGCUACGCCUGCCUUGUGGGAAGCUACCACAUCAUCUUCUCGUACCUUUUGCAAGAGCUCAUGGCCAGCUCACCAUUUGCGCCUCAGCCGUCGCCCAUCUUCCCAAGCUUUGCGUAUGCCACUGACAGCGAGCCCAACCGCGAACUGCAUCUGCGAUACAUUUUCAACAACAGCAUGCGCAUGCUCGCCGAACUCGAGGCGACGCUCAGUCUUCCAGAGACGCACUCGGUGGCCUGUUUGCCGGGACAAGGCAGUAGCCGCCCAGAUGGUAUCCUCGCGAGCCCGUCUUCGUCAGUUCUGCUGGACAGCCUGGCGAGUCAAGGGUUCGGGAUGUGCGUGAAUGGACUGGCGACGGGGAAGAAUUCGUUGAAGGAGAUUGUUCAGGCUAUAAACCAGUUUCUGGAUCCUGUGUGA